AUGUUAUCGUUUUUGAAGAAUCUAUGGGAUUCUAUGGAUGCCGAGAAGCAGAAGCGGAUGUACGCCGAAAAACUAGAAGAAGAACAACGCCACCUGGAUGCAGAAAUUGAAAAGGAAGAGAAUAAAAAGAUUGAAUAUGGCGAUACUUCAAAAAUGCAAACUAUAUUGAGGUCUCUUAACGGAUCAGAAAAUGACGAAGUGACUACCACAAGUAAGGAAGAGGGCACGUGUUUCGAACGGCUUGGCGUAAUAACCACAUUAAAAAGUAACCAUGGCACCAUUGACCAUUCAAUAUUUUUUGAUAUUAACGUUGCUGGCGGUUUGGCGAGUGACUUGAAAGUCGGUUGUCCUGUUAAGUACUUGGCAUUUCAACAAGUACAUAGUGAUCACAUUAAAGUGGUACAAAUCAAGGAAGUAUCCGAAUUAUAUUGGGAUGAAUCUUUACCCACCCCGGAAAAGAUCGAACAACAAAUAACAGAGCUUCGCAAUGAAAAACCGAAAUUUUUCAAUACCCAUCAACGUAAUAUACUCGGUCUUAUAAUGGAGCGUAAGCCGGGAACUAUUGUCGUUGAUACCGAGCAUAAGUUGAUGAACAUUAAUUUAGAUACAAUAGAAAUCGAUUUCAUACCACAAGCUGGUGAUCGUGUUUUUAUCUGCUGCAACGUACAAAGUGAUGAGCAUUUCGUUAAUCGCCAGGGUGAAGUACUACAGGAGGUUAGCGUACACCCAGCUCGCUUACUCAAACAAGAAAAAUGUGAAGUGCGGCGUUUAAAUUCAGACUGGGGUGUAUUAAACGAUGAUUGCUAUUUUACAUUUGAUAUUGUGUCCAAUACAUGUAAACUCAAUGUAGGCGAUAUUGUAAUAGCAGAUCUGAUCGAAUGUGAAAGAGAUCCGUACAUUUGGCGCUGCAUUAAAUUAUCGCUACUGGAACGCAUAGUGCCACAGCCAACGACGCCCGCCGGAACUAAGAAACCAAUAAACGGAGAAAGACGCUCAACGCCGAAAGCACGGAACGAAAGUAAUCAUGCAAUUACGGUUUCCGAAGAUCAACGUUGCGUAUUUUCUAGCACUUUUAAGACCGAAAAGGUUGAAAUUAUAAUCAAAAAUAAUAUAGAACGGAAAAUGCGAGUACUUUCCAUCGAAUUUUUAGGGCGCCGACGUGAUUCACAAGUAAAACUUGUAGAUCCCGAACUCGAUGAAACCAACUUUGAACUGCCCGGUCAUGGUAGUCGUACGCUACUCUUUGAAGUAGAAUCUAAGUUCUAUGGUGAAUCCCGCGAAGUUUUCCUCAUUAAAUUUGAAACGUUCCGUGUAAAGCGUUCUAUUUCGAUAGUCGUGUGCGAAACGGAAGCCGAGGCCGAGGCCGCACGUGCUCAAACAUCUAAUAGUAUUGCAAAUACAUCGCCAAGUAUGCAUGUUAUGCGACAGCGUUCACGUCAUUACGCCAAUCAAGUGUGGUCCAAUAAAGGUGAAGUUAUACCAGGCGUUGGUUUGGCAACAAAGCGCCGCUUUUUGUCACAUCGCAUUGCCUUUUACGAGGUACCCGAACGCUUACGCUAUACUUACUUGACAGCAGCCAAUCGUCAAGAAAUGGUAGACAACUUAGAGGGUAUGUUCCCCUGCCUGAAAGAGGAACUAAAUAUAAAGAACUACGCCAUAAGAUUUCAAACAUUAGUGUAUCUGGAGGAAGUUGAAUACUUUGUGAAUUUUCGCAACUAUGAUCGUGAGAGGGCACAUUUCACACGUGACGGCGAGUUUUUGUCACUCACUAUUGAGAAUCUUUCUGAACGCCGACCAUCACUCGUUAUUGGAGACACUGUGCGUGCCAUUAAUCCUUGGUGCAAUGAAGACGAUAAACGCAGUUAUGAUGGCGUUAUCCACAAAGUGCUUUUCAAUCGCAUUUUACUAAAAUUUAACGAAGGAUUCCAGUCAAAAUAUAAUGGCGAAGACUUUCGACUAGAGUUUUACUAUUCGCGUUUUUGUUUUCGUAAACAACACUACGCUGUCAGUCGUAUAAUAAAAAACGUUGGCGAACAAUUUCUCUUUCCCUCUCGUGUUUAUACACGUGAUAAUCCCCAAUUACAAAUUGAGUUAGACAGCGAUAAUAAUCUCAUGCUACAGGGGACGCGUUGUCCCUGGUUUAAUCCACUAUUAAAUCCCAUACAAAAGCGCGCCAUACGGAAUAUUUUACGUGGCGAAGCACAAAAUAUGCCUUACAUAAUAUUUGGUCCUCCAGGCACCGGUAAAACAAUGACACUAGUCGAAACUAUAUUACAGCUGGUUAAACUCAUUCCUAGUUCUCGCUUACUCAUUGGCACACCCUCAAAUGGAUCAGCGGAUUUGAUAACAACGCGUUUAAUAGCAUGCAAACAAUUGCAGCCGGGCGAUUUUGUGCGCUUAGUUUCUCAAAAUCAAAUCGAAAAGGAACUAAUACCAGAACAUCUAAUGCCGUAUUGUGCCACUGUUGAUAUGGCUGCCGAUGGCACUUGUGACGACUCGAUGAUUGUCACCGAAUCAGGCAUGAAACUACGUUGUCAAAUGAAAUAUUUGGGACGUCAUCGACUCACUAUCAGCACAUGCACCACACUAGGUAAUUUUCUACAAAUGGGAUUUCCACCUGGUCAUUUUACACAUCUGCUCAUCGAUGAGUCCGGUCAAUGUACUGAACCCGAAAUUAUAGUGCCAAUGUCCUUGCUGUCUCAGAAGCGCAGUCAAGUAAUACUGGCUGGAGAUCCACAUCAACUGCAAGCAAUUGUAAUUAACCGAUUUGCCUCUGAUCGUGGCUUAUCACUUUCAUUGCUGGAACGCAUACUAGGACGAACACCAUAUCUGCGCGACCUGAUGCGUUUCCCCGACACGUCGGGUUUCGAUCCACGCUUGGUAACAAAGUUGCUCUAUAAUUAUCGUGCCUUGCCGUCCAUACUCAACGUGUACAGUGAGUUGUUCUACGACUCUGAGUUGCGUGCUAUGAUAAAUGAGAAUGAUUCGCGUGAGGCUGAUAUGUUGAAAAAUCUUGAUGCGCUGUUACCCGCAUCAGAGAAACGACCAAAAUCGCAUGGCGUCUUCUUCUACGGCACCCGCAGCGAAAAUAAACAGGAAGCCGAUUCACCCUCAUGGUUCAAUCCACUCGAAGCCAGAAAUGUGUUUUUAAUGACCAUAAAGUUAUAUCGUCAAGGCAUUCAACCGGAAAAUAUCGGCAUAAUAACUCCUUAUAUGAAACAAGUAAAACAUUUGCGUACACUCUUUAUCGAAGCGGAUAUCGCCAUGCCGAAAAUUGGCUCCGUAGAAGAAUUUCAGGGACAGGAGCGCGACAUUAUCCUUAUCUCCACAGUGCGUUCUUCGCAGAAAUUAAUUAGUCGGGACUUGCGUCACGCACUAGGCUUUGUUCAAAGCUCCAAACGCAUGAAUGUAGCCAUUUCACGGGCACGCUAUCUAAUGUUUAUAUUUGGAAAUCCUCACUUGCUUUACUUAGAUCACUGUUGGCGUACGUGCAUCAAAUAUUGUGUAGACAAUGAAGCGUAUCUUGGCUGUGAUCUGCCAGAUGACUUUCACACUAGACCGGAACAAGAUGAGCAGGAAGAUACAUUUGAAAUCACAUCGAAAUCGGCGCUACCGGCUUAAUGUUUGCAAGUAAAAAGUGAAAUUAAAAACCCUAUCGUAAAAAGUGAAAUUAAAAACCCUAUCGUAAAAAGUGAAAUUAAAAACCCUAUCGGACAGGUUCUGUAAUUCACGUACGAGUGAAUUUCAAUGCAAUUGCUAAAAAAUUUAAACGAAAUUCACUAGAAAGUUAAUUGCAGCAACUGCCCUAUAACUUUAACUUUAGUUAGUAAUUUAAAAUUAUCGAUGUUUUUCUUUUUACAUUAUUUAGAUUGUACAAAUAAGUUUUUAUUUAAGUGUGGCAUACCAAGGAGUUGCUUUGUAAAACAGAGGUUCAACCUUUACCAAUAUUGAAUCUUUCAAAAACUUAAAAUUUACGUAUAUAGAUAUGAUAUGAUUCCAAAUUUUUAUUAGGUAUUAAAGGGUGAUUUUCAGAGGCGUGUGAGCUUCGGCCGGCGUAGCCGAAUAGGCUGGUUGUGUUGCUACCAUUCGGAAGUUCACAGGUUCGGAACUCCGUGCAUGAAACACCAAAUGAUAAAAAAAGUUUUUUCUAAUAGCGGUCGCUGUUCGGAAGAUAAUGGCAAACCUCCGAGUGUAUUUCUAUCAUGAAAAAGCUCCUCAUAAAACACACGCCUCAAAUAAGAGGAGGAGCUCGGCCAAGCACCGAAAAAACGGGUGUAAGCGCCAAUUAUUUUAGUUUGAGGAAAAAUAAAUCAAUUAUUUUCUCGGUAGAUGGCUGUAGUGAUCGAUAUCUCGUAAAGUAUCGAUUAAACAAUUUAAAGUUUAUGCUCGUCGUCAAGGUUUCACACUAAAAAACUCUUUUUUUCUGCUUUUUGUUUGCUCCAUUCAGUUGUGAAUUCCAGAGGUUAACAAUGGAAGGCAACAAAGACAAAAUAUAGGUAUAUAGACUUUGUAUAAGCCAAAAUGAAAUGGAAUAUCCAGGAAAUUUUCUUUAUUUGGCAGAUAAUUUUAUAGCAAUAAUGUUUAGCUAUGAUUUCGGGCAUUUGAAAUUCAACUUUUACACCUAAAAACACGAAACGAAAUGAACUGCAAAUUUAUUUCCAAAGUCAAUUUUGUGUAGAGCAAACAGUGCGUUUAUUGUAAAGAAGUCAAAAUCAUAUUUUCUGACGAACGCAUUAUCAUCUCGGCGACUACAUUAACACACACAGCCCAUGUCACAAUCGAUCUCUUGCGUGCAAGUUCGGUAAUCGCGUCAACAGGCAUCUUCGCAAUACCAAUUACCCUUUUUUGUGAGGUGCCGUGGAGAGCCGAUGCUAUUAACGAUUCAAACCAUUAAGAAAAUUAUAUAGCAAUCCAUUUUCUUGGAGAACUGGGUUAACAGGAUGCACUACUGCGAAGCUAGCCGAGGCAUCCACAUAAAUUAAAUCAUAUUCCAUUAAUUAUGGAAAUGUUUUCUCUUUUGAAUAAACCAAUAUAUGGAGAAAAAUAAUUUUGGUUAAUUUUUUGAGUUUUUUAGAAAGACACCAUUGACCACCCUGUAUUUGUUUCCUUGAGGCCAUCUCAUCAUCCAUAAUGCAGUAAAAAUAUACAUAUUUGAAGGAAACAAGAUAAAUUGGUUUGGUUUGCUCUUUCCAAUUUUUUUUUUUAGCUUAGGACCUUAAAUAAUUACAUUUUUUUUUUUUUUGUUAAUUUUUGAUACGAUUUAAUGAGACUUUUUUUACUUUUGUUUUGCCUAUUUACCUAUUUCAUACCUGUUUCCUAUUAAUAGUCGAAACGUUCACGAUAAGUUUUAAAAACUAACAAACACAAGAAGCGGUAUUUCAAGAAAAGUCCUUUUUCUAGCUUUGAAGGCCCAAUUUUGAUUUAAAUACACUCAUGAACACACAAAUAGCACAAGUGGUUCCUGUAUACAAAAAUUAAAUUGAUUGCUUAAAAGAAAAAACUAUUUAUCAGCAUAAUAAGCAUAAAUAGCACAAUCUGAAAAUAAUUUGAAUAAGUGAAAAAGAUUAACUAAAAUAAAUGUUUAACGCAAAAUGUUUAAUCAUGUUAGUAUUUUGUGUAAUAUCCACCGUUUUUAAUCACUUCUUCAGAUUUUCAUUUCAUGCUCUCCAAAAGAUGUUGGCAUCUUUCCUUUGGGGCAGGAUACCAUGCUGCCUGGUUUCCCACCCAUAGAUUAUUAAAGUUUUUUUUUGAAAUUUUACACCGUUCCACAAGUUUUCUACGAGAUUAAGGUCGAGACUUUGCGUAGGCCAAACCAGCAGCUCAAAUUAUAGAGCCAUUGAUUUACUGCCUUUGAGAUGUGCUUCAAAGUUUGCAGCCUGCACUUAUAUGGUUUUUGUUGUAGAAUACACUAUACUUUUAUAAAAGCAUAAAAAAGUAAAACAUAUAUUUGGCAAAGCAUAAAUCAUAUUAUUUGAUGCGGAAAAAAUUUAUUUUGAAUUUGCAAAAUUUUAGAAUAAUAACGACAGUAGGUUAGAUUUUAUUGUCUUUGAAACUUUUAACAGCUACAAAGUAGUAAGCUAUAUCCUAGAGUAUACUUAAGUUAAUACAUACAUUCGGUUAAUUUUCCUUGAAUUUAAAAUAAUACUAAAUAAGAUAUUAAUGUUUAAGAAAUAAAAAAGUAUUUUUGAAAAAAAAAA